AUGGGACGCCGGCGCACGACUAAGUGUCGAUGGACUCAACCAAUGAGCAUGCGAGUUAGGCGAUACGGGCCCGCCCACCUCGGCCAUAUAAGCGGUCUGCUGGUCGCUCACGACGAAAGCAGGUGGUUCCGAUUAUGGUCUGGGCUGUGGCCGGUGCCCACGAACGGGGUCCGCGGCGUCCUCGCCGGGAGGGUACAGCUGGAUCUGCUAUGGGGGUCAGAAGCAGGUCAGGGCGAGCAGCCGAUGGAGACGAUGCGCCCAGCCGAGAACAGGCACGGGGCCGCCGGAGAACCUUCCAAGAGCGAGCAGGGCGCGGGGCUCCCUCAUGCAGCUGCCGCCUCCCUGGUGCCACACUGGAAGUCCCGGAAGAUCAGGGCCGUGUCCAUCAAUGGGGCUUUCCGUCUCUUCCUGCUGCCGGCACAUAGAAGACACCCAAGAAAUCGUUGUUGA